CUUUCCCCUUUUGAUUUUGGCCUACCACCCAUUGAUUGGGAGCGAGGCGGCGAUCGAAAUUAAUGAUGGAGCAGCGAGCCGGCGGUAAGAUCCGCUCCUCUUUCGACAUUGCUGGCAGUGAUGGUAUAGAUCUACAAAUCCUCUGAUGCUCCCAUGUUCGAUUUGCAAAAUCUUUUCUUCCGCCUCAGUCAAAACCUUAGAUCUGCUCUUUUUACGCCAUUAAAACCUUGCAUCUACUCUUUUACCGAUGUGUUGUCUUCCAUGAGAAGAUCCAGAACAGAUUUACUUGGGUGGGGAUUGUGGAGGCGAUGGUGGCUACAAGUGCAAGAGAGGUCAUCUGCGAUGGUGCCGGAGAGUCAGCGGCGGCAAUGCCGGAGAAUCGUUGUCGGCACUGCAGGGGAGUCGUCCGCGGUAGCUUUGACUCCCUCCGUCCUUGGUGGAGAAGCAUUAGGGGUAGUAGACAUGUUAAGGGUAAAUUAGGAAAGUCAAUACAAUUUUUAUCAUGCAUUAAUAUGCGUGCCCGGUCAAACCGGGAACUUAAUUAAUGGACGGAAGGAGUAACAUAUAAGAUUUUAAACUGGCAUGAAAAAAAUCUUUACGAGUGCUGUAAUUAAAAAAACAAGAAAAAUAACCUUUUUUGUCAAGUAUAGUGUAUGGGCAUUCAAGUGUUCUUUUUUAUUGAAUGUUUUUCAAUUUAUUCAAUAAUAAAUGCAAAAGGUGAUAGAUUCAUUACCUCACAUUUUUGUCAUUCUCUUGGUAUUAGUAAGAAGCCUGAAUCUUGAAACAUAAAUAGUCAUUUAUAAAACUAAGUUAAAAUAUUAUUUUUUAAAUAUGUAUUGUAAAAUCUUAGUAUUGAAAUUUUUUACCUUUUGUUUUUCUUAAAUGUAACUAAAUGUUCCUACUUUCCUCUUGAAAUUCUAGACGAUCAUCAUACAUAUCCAUGAAAUAAAAUAAAGUACAUUAAUAUCUAUAUUUAGGAUGUUAAAAUCACAAAAAAUAUUGUAAAAUAAUUGGUAGUGCUUUUUAACUUAAUCAAAUUUAAUGCAACAACAAUAGAUAUGUUACCUCUCAUUCUUUCAAUUGUAUAAAUUUUGUACUAUUAGUAACCACCUACAUACAAUCAUGACAAGAAAAUAAUAAUUUGUUUUCUGAAAUAAUUUUAUUUUAAACAUAACACAUAUAAUACGAUAAAUUUAAAUAAUUUAAAUUAUUACCAUUCUAUUUCAAAUUGUAAUCGAAUGCUGCUCUUCUCUCUUCAAUCACCACAUGAUGAAUAUGGUAUACCUCGACACAAAUUUAAAAAGAAUGGUGAUAAAUAUGAUCAUGUGGAAUGAUUUUGUAAAUUUAUUUAAAAGUAAACAUUACAUAUAUAUAAGAUGAACAGAAAUUCUAAUGGAACACUGCUCUCUUUACUCUUCAAUUACCACAUUAUUAUGGUGGAGUUCAACAGAAAUUGUUUAAUUUAGUUAGUGUCUAGUCUUUGUAUUCAAAAAAGAUGGUGACAACAUGAGCAAGAGACCUAUUGGUAUCCUAUCUAAAUAAAUUACUUUCUAAAAAUUAGGGAUAUCUCAAAAAAAUAUUUGAAGCAUACAAAAUAAAAAGAACAAUCUAUUAAUAACAUUGAACAUUUAUUAUAAAAACACAUUGCAUAUUGGAAGAUACUAAUAUGUAUUCAUUUUUAAGUGUUUCUUAAUUUGUUUAAAAAAACAUAAUUCAUAUCUCCUUUAAAUUUAAUUUAAUAAUUUUUUUUCAAACAGUAGUCAUUGAUCUACUACUGAUUUUAGAAAUAUAAAACAUGCAUCAGCCCUAAACCAAGAACCAUUACAAGUAAAUACACAUUUCCUUAAAUCAAAUUGAUCACUGAAUUAAAACAAAAACAUCAAACAAAUGACAAAAUUCUUUUUUGAAAAAUGAUAAUCUAGAUCUUAUGUGCAAUUUAAAAUAAGAUAAUCUAAAUGAAGUAUUUAGAUAUUUCAUGCAUCAAUCCAUCACUUAUUUCAUAAAAAAUAGGCAUCAAACUCGCCACAAAGAUCGUUUAAAAAAAUAUAUAAUCUAAAGAAAUCUAUGGAAUUUCAAAAUAGAAAUCCGUAAGAUGUAAUUAAAAGAUAAACAUACCUCUCCCAUCCAUUGUGUUCCUUGUGACCGACAAAUUGCAACAUGUAAUUGUUGAGAUCUGAUCUCAGACGAUCUAGAUUGUUGAGAUCGCGUUCUAAUGGUGUUGUCGUUGCCCUGUAUUUGAAGAUUUUGCUUCUUAGCCGAUGAAGAUCUAGAGAGAGAAUAAUAAUGAGGGGAUAAGAUAGGAACGGAGAGAAAGGGACCAAAUGAGAUCUCAUAGACCACGACCCAUUUGUGAAGUAAUAAUAUUGCGGGCUGGGCUGCGUUUUG